AUGUUCCGCCGCUUCUUUAUCCAGAGCGCAACUGACUCGUCAGCCUCAACAACACAGCCCGCUGCAGAGGAAAUAGGACUAGAAAAGACGAGGAACCCUGCUGCCGGUGGCGGCACCUCUAGCUACCACCACCGACCACCACCACUGCCGAUCACCGCCGACCCUUUCGACGUGCGUCUCAAAAAAGUCAGCCCCAGGCAGGCGGCAAUGGACGCAGACGCGAUCAUGAUGGCUAGCCUCUCCGGCGGACCCCUUCUCCUGGGCCUCCUGUUCGGCAUUGCCAUCUUCCGUCGCAGCAGGGCGAUCCAGAAGCUCAGGGCGCAGAGGGCUACUUAG